UACUCGGCUGCCUAUGUUGUCAUAGAGACUGAUGCAGAAGAUGGACUCAAGGGCUAUGGCAUUACGUUCACUCUGGGGAAGGGCACUGAAGUUGAUUGGUCCAGAGAAAGGUGUAGUGCAUCUGGCUACGGCAGCCAUUCUGAAUGCUGUGUGGGACCUGUGGGCAAAGCAGGAAGGGAAGCCUUUGUGGAAGCUGCUUGUGGACAUGGAUCCACAGGUGCUGUUGUCCUGUAUUGAUUUCAGGUACAUCACUGACAUCUUGACAGAAGAGGAGGCCUAUGAAAUACUGAAGAAAGGUCAGCUUGGUAAAAAAGAAAGAGAAGAACAAAUGCUGAGACACGGCUACCCUGCCUACACCACAUCAUGCGCCUGGUUGGGGUAUUCAGACAGUACACUGAAGCAGCUCUGUGCAGCGGCACUGAAGGACGGCUGGACCAGGUUUAAAGUAAAAGUUGGGGCUGAUCUCCAGGAUGACAUACGAAGAUGCCGCCUCAUCAGGGACAUGAUUGGACCAGAGAAGACUUUGAUGAUGGAUGCCAACCAGCGUUGGGAUGUGCCUGAGGCAGUGGAGUGGAUGUCAAAACUGGCUGAGUUCAAGCCAUUGUGGAUUGAGGAGCCCACAUCCCCUGAUGACAUCCUGGGCCAUGCAGCUAUUUCUAAGGCAUUGGCCCCAUUAGGAAUUGGCGUUGCCACAGGAGAACAGUGCCAGAACCGAGUGAUAUUUAAGCAACUCUUACAAGCGAACGCCCUACAGUUUCUCCAGAUUGACAGCUGCAGACUGGGGAGCGUCAAUGAAAACCUCUCAGUGUUACUGAUGGCCAAAAAGUUUGGAAUCCCUGUUUGCCCCCAUGCCGGUGGAGUUGGACUUUGUGAACUGGUACAGCACUUGAUUAUAUUUGACUAUAUAUCAGUCUCCACCAGCCUUCAAAACAGGAUGUGCGAAUAUGUGGACCAUCUGCAUGAACAUUUCAAGUAUCCCGUGGUCAUCAAGCAUGCUUCCUAUCUGCCUCCCAAGCAUGCAGGCUACUCAACAGAAAUGAAAGAGGAAUCCGUAAAGAAACACCAAUACCCAGAUGGAGAAGUCUGGAAGAAACUCCUCGUUGCUCAAGAUUCAUGUAGUCAGCCUUAACCCUUUUUUUUUCUGAAGUGGAAAUGCUUAAAAUUCUGUAGCUUUAUAAAAAUAGAAGAAAAAUCAAGUCUAGCUGCAGGUCAUAUUCACCUCAGGAAUCAGCUGUCAUCAUGGUGGAUGGUCAACAAGUCAAAAUUCUACUUUUUUUUUUAAUUCUAAAGCAAAUGUACCUAACCCAAAGCCCAGGAAGAUGGUAAAUCUCUAUCAAGUGUUAGAUAUUAAGCUAUAAUUUGAAAAUAAGCAAUGUUUCAUAAUGUUUUGUAACAAUUCUUCAUUCUAACACUUGUCAUAAAUCAGAAUAAAACUGGUUCUGCAUCACUGUAAGGAAUCUGGGAAAGCAGAAAAAAAAAAAAAAAGGAUUCACUCAUUUGUCCUGAAAUAGCAUCCCUUCUGUUAUUAGUCCAAGCAUUUUAGGGAAUCCACACCUCACUGAAAUUAACAGGGACAAAUGGUAUUUCUUCACGCUUUCAUAACUCUUAAAAAACUAUCUUAGCCAGGCAUGGGAACUCCAACUUGUAAUCUCAGCAUGCAGGAAGCUGAAACUGGAGUAGUAAGUCUGAGGCUAGCCUAAGGUACAUACUAGCUCCAGACCAGCUAGGCUAAAGUGUGAGACAUGUCCCCGUACCACCACAACCACCAAAAAACAAAACCUUAAAAUGUGAUUUAAAACCUUCUGAUGGUUAACGUUAUAUUUAAGAUUUAAUUACUAUGCUUAAGAUAGGCGUAUAUAGAACAAAAAAUGCCUCUGGCAUGUAAAGCCCUAGCUUGUACAGGCUGUACCCGGUCAGCCCAUGCCCCCCAUCAUUUUUUUUUUUUUUUUUACUGGAUGUUGAAGAUUCUUAAAUUGACUGAUCUUGUAAAAUCUGCUGUUCUAACAAGAUAAUAGGUCAUAAGACUAACUGCUAUUUUUGCUUUUGUAAUCGAACCUGCUUGCUCUGCUCAAAAAGAUGACUAGGACAACUGCAAGACAUGUAUGUUAAAAAUUAGACCCUGCCUACUGGUAGGCAGAAUACAUGUAA